GAGGCCCUCUGGGCGCCUGAGGCUGAAAUCGACAUUUGCCUCUGGCAGGAAAAUGAGCUUGUCACUUUCUGCCUUCAUCAGACCCUCAACCCCAAGGAGCAGAUUUCGGUAGCGUUUUAACUUUAUAUCUCAGAAUCUGAAAGCGGAAGGAAAACUGCACACAUCAAGCGAAACUCCCUGAGGGGCGGCCAGCGCGAGGGUUUCGGGCCAUCGCCCCUCACCUCCGGGGACUUCCAGGGUCUUCCCCCCAACCCCGCGCGGACUUCUCCGCGUCACCCGAAGGGGUCACGUGGCAACGUGGGGCCCGCCUCCCGGUGACGUCACGGCGCUCGCAGCCGUCGCGCUGAAGAAAGGAUGCUCGAGGAUGCUGUCCAGGUGGGCGGCCUUGGGCGCGAUGCGGCACUGCAGGUAAGGGGCGCGUGGCGCCGGGACGACCUCCCUGGCGUCCCCGGCGCCGCGGACGCUGCAGGGGAAGCCCGGCCCGCGGGUCUGCAGCCCGGCUGCGCCCCCCAAAACCCAAAGUGGGGCCUCUGGCUGCUGCCGCGCCUGCUGCCUACAGCUGCCUGGUGCAGCUGCACGCACCCGGCAGGGGAUGGCCCGUGGCAGGCCCACGCAUUACUUGGGUCUUGGCGUGCCCGCCCCAAGAAAGGGGGCAGGGGCCAGACAGAAAGACAUGGGGAAGAAAAAAAAAAACGCUCCGGAGGGGGAACAAAAUCUGAAAUGACCACACUGCAUGCAUUCUACGUAGAGAGAGGGGCUUUUAAGAGGUGUAAUUAGCAUGGUCAAUGCGGGAGCAAUGAGUGGCUCUGGAAACCUGAUGGAUUUCCUCGAUGAACCAUUCCCUGACGUGGGGACGUAUGAGGACUUCCACACCAUCGACUGGCUAAGGGAAAAGUCACGGGACACUGACAGACACAGGAAGAUCACCAGCAAGAGCAAGGAGUCCAUAUGGGAGUUCAUCAAGAGCCUUCUGGAUGCCUGGUCGGGAUGGGUGGUGAUGCUGCUCAUCGGCCUGCUGGCAGGCACCUUGGCUGGAGUCAUCGAUCUCGCUGUGGACUGGAUGACGGACCUGAAGGAGGGGGUCUGCCUGUCUGCCUUCUGGUACAGCCAUGAGCAGUGCUGUUGGACUUCUAAUGAGACCACUUUUGAGGACAGAGACAAGUGUCCCCUGUGGCAGAAAUGGUCGGAGCUGCUGGUGAAUCAGUCAGAGGGUGCCAGUGCUUACAUUCUGAAUUACUUAAUGUACAUCCUAUGGGCACUGCUGUUUGCAUUUUUGGCCGUCUCCCUGGUGCGUGUAUUUGCACCAUAUGCCUGUGGCUCUGGCAUACCAGAGAUAAAGACUAUUUUGAGUGGCUUCAUCAUCAGGGGUUACUUGGGGAAGUGGACCCUGCUAAUCAAGACAGUCACGCUGGUGCUGGUAGUGUCCUCUGGCCUGAGCCUUGGGAAGGAAGGGCCGCUAGUGCAUGUGGCUUGUUGCUGUGGCAACUUCUUCAGCAGCCUUUUCUCCAAGUACAGCAAGAAUGAGGGCAAGAGGCGAGAGGUGCUUUCAGCAGCAGCAGCUGCUGGAGUCUCUGUUGCCUUUGGUGCACCAAUUGGAGGCGUGCUUUUCAGUCUAGAAGAGGUCAGUUACUACUUUCCCCUGAAGACCUUGUGGAGGUCAUUUUUCGCAGCGCUGGUGGCGGCCUUUACACUGCGAUCCAUCAAUCCCUUUGGAAAUAGCCGUCUUGUUCUCUUUUAUGUGGAGUAUCACACGCCCUGGUACAUGGCUGAACUCUUCCCCUUCAUCCUACUUGGGGUUUUCGGGGGCUUAUGGGGAACCCUGUUCAUCCGCUGCAACAUUGCCUGGUGCAGGAGGCGCAAGACCACCAGGCUGGGGAAGUACCCAGUGCUAGAGGUCAUCGUGGUGACCGCCAUCACUGCCAUCAUUGCCUACCCCAAUCCCUACACACGCCAGAGCACCAGCGAGCUCAUUUCUGAGCUGUUCAAUGACUGUGGGGCCCUUGAGUCUUCCCAGCUCUGUGACUACAUCAACGACCCCAACAUGACUCGGCCAGUGGAUGACAUUCCAGACCGGCCAGCUGGUGUCGGUGUUUACACAGCCAUGUGGCAGCUGGCCCUGGCACUGAUCUUCAAAAUCGUUGUUACCAUAUUUACCUUUGGCAUGAAGAUCCCAUCGGGCCUCUUCAUCCCCAGCAUGGCUGUGGGCGCGAUAGCAGGCAGGAUGGUGGGAAUUGGCGUGGAGCAGCUGGCCUACCAUCACCAUGACUGGAUCAUCUUCAGGAACUGGUGUAGACCCGGUGCAGACUGUGUCACGCCAGGGCUUUACGCAAUGGUGGGGGCUGCGGCCUGCCUUGGUGGAGUUACCAGGAUGACAGUGUCAUUGGUGGUCAUCAUGUUUGAAUUAACGGGGGGUCUGGAAUACAUUGUGCCCCUGAUGGCGGCGGCUGUGACCAGCAAGUGGGUGGCUGAUGCAUUUGGGAAAGAAGGCAUCUAUGAGGCCCACAUCCACUUAAAUGGGUACCCUUUCCUCGAUGUUAAGGAUGAAUUUACCCACCGCACGCUGGCUACUGAUGUCAUGCGGCCUCGGCGGGGAGAGCCGCCACUGUCGGUGCUCACCCAGGACAGCAUGACCGUCGAAGAUGUGGAGACGCUCAUCAAGGAGACCGACUACAAUGGCUUCCCUGUGGUGGUCUCCAGAGACUCUGAGCGCCUCAUUGGAUUUGCCCAGAGGAGGGAACUGAUUCUUGCAAUAAAGAAUGCCAGACAGAGGCAGGAGGGCAUCGUGAGCAAUUCCAUCAUGUACUUCACCGAGGAGCCCCCUGAGCUGCCAGCCAACAGCCCGCAUCCCCUGAAGCUGCGGCGCAUCCUGAACCUCAGCCCAUUCACAGUCACAGACCACACUCCAAUGGAGACAGUGGUGGAUAUCUUCCGGAAACUGGGACUCCGGCAGUGUCUGGUGACGCGGAGUGGGAGACUUCUUGGCAUUAUCACAAAAAAGGAUGUUCUGAGACAUAUGGCCCAGAUGGCAAAUCAGGACCCUGAAUCCAUCAUGUUUAAUUAGCAACAAGGUGGCAAUUAUUUUCAGAAAAACACUGACUGUGUCAUUUAAAAAGAAGUAAAUGAUAUGUUAUAUUCCAAUGAAAUAUCACGCACUGGAGACAGCAGAAACAAAAGCUUUGUUUGAAAGGAAGGGAAGAAGAAUGAAACCUUUAAAAACAAAAGUAUCAAUGAUUAGGCAUUUUAUAGCUUUAACCCUGUAUGAGUUUCAAGCUGUGUUUCCUAAUGAGUUUGCUACUGCUGUGGGGGCAUGUGGGUGGGUGUAAAUGAUGUGAUCUACACAAGUAUGUGGAGCAUGAAUGCUGACUCAAGAAACUUUUACCUGUUCUGCUCAAGGCUGAUGUUUGUAACUUACAAACACACGUGAAGCGUUGAGUCCAAAAGACAAAAGGGUAUCAGCAUGUCAGCAUCCUUAUUUAUUGGUUCUUGAAAUUUUGCUGCUAUGUUACUGAAUCAUAUUAAAGACAUUUGCACUUACUUUGUUGAAAAGGAAAAAUUAAAUUUGAACACAGUGAAAGCUGCAA